GUUACCAGUUGAAAAGUUUAUCAUUUAACAAGGGCUUUUAACUUUACAUACACAAAAGCUUUUAACUUUAGAACUAGAGAGGGUCUUAUAUUUUGCCGGGAUGAAAUCGGUAACAACUGGUUUUUACUACUAGUCGAAACUUCUUUCGGAAAAGAAUGAAGUUGACCUAUAUCCUGAAUGGACCGAAGGGAAAAAAAUGCAUUGCUUUGUAUUGCUCAUUAUCUAACAGAAAAAUGUCUGCAUUUUUAAUAAAUGUAGUUAGCUCUAUCCAUGUUUCCAUAACGACAUGGAAAACUUCUAAAAAGGCUCUUAUGUUUUUGUGACUCACAAAAGAUUACAUAUUUCAUAAAAAGAAGAAGCGUUUUGCCCACAGCUCAUCCAAAAUGCAACAGAAGUUCUAGAACCAUGCAUAAUGGCCUACACUGUGAGAGUCUGCCCUACCCAUGGAAGGGUGUGGUUUCCAUCAUCAUCCGAUCGGAGGAAGAAGAGGAAGAAGAACGAAUUGUCGGAUUCCGACGAAGAGAAGACGGUCUGGGAAUAUUGCAGAAAAGUGUUCGGAAGUUCCUCUGUGAGUGGUGUCAAUCAUAUAGCACUCGCCAAAACUAAGAGGAGGAGAUUCUUCUGGGCUUUCAUCUUCCUGGCCACUCUCGUUGGCUUCUUCUAUCAGUUUGGCGCCUUUCUUCUCCAAUACAGAGAGUUUCAAUCCAUUGUUCAAAUAGAUAUACAGAACGCUGGAUCGCUCAUGUUUCCUGCCGUCACUCUCUGCAACGCCAACAGAUUCAAGAAAUCCUCAUUUUGUAGCAAGUUUCGUGAUUUCUGCCCUCGAAAUUUAUCUGCAAUGGAUUCUUUAACAGAGAAGGAGCUUUUCAACUUUCAGUUGACUAUUCUAAGGGAAGGUCGUUCCGAUCUAAGACACUCAUUGGGACAUUCCAUGGAAGAUCUGCUGGUCAGUUGUGCUUUUACAGGCAAGCCAACUAUCAGAGGAGAUGCCUGCUUUCGAAGAUUCAAGGAGUUCUAUGAUCCAGACUUGGGUAACUGCUACACGCUGUCACCCCUCCCCACCGAUGGUGAAGAGGAACUCAGAUCUACGGAAGCAGACGUUUGGCAGAAAAUGAGUGAACUGGUACUUGUUGUGAACGUGGAGACGACUGAAUAUUUAGAGCCAGAUCGAGAUGCCGCUAUACUUGUCACUUUCCACAGUCCUGAGGUGUAUCCCGAUCCCUUCUCUGAUGGGACAGAAGUGAAGCCAGGAAACGCCUACAAUUUCGGAUUAAAAAAGAAUACAGUUGAAAUGUUACCAGCUCCAUACAGCUCCAACUGCACAAACUACGAAAUACUUCCAUGGGAACGGCUACACGACAAAUCUUUGAGUCCAAGGAUGUGCACGGCAGAAUGCUCUCAAAGUCUGCAACUGAAACAGUGCAACUACGUCACAGUGGAAUUGAGUUUAUUUUUCGAUGCAUUGCCAUGGAAACAAGAAUCAUUUGAUCCAGAAAAAAUCGAAUGUGCGGAGCGUGUCUCGAAUGAAACGAUGGAAUUUUGCAGAUCCUUAUGUCGAGUUCCAUGCAAGCAGUCAAACUAUGAGGUCACAAUGGACUCUUCCACCUGGCCACGGAGAGCUAAAGUUUCUGAAGAAACUGAGCUCGGGAAGUGGAAAAAGAGACCUUUCUAUGAAAUAACGAACAACUUAGCCCAUAUUAGAGCCUAUUACAUAACAAUGGAGGACACUACACUGAAACAUGCUCCUAAGUAUCAGGCAUUGGAAAUGUUUAGUCACAUUGGAGGGUAUGUUGGAAUUUGGCUGGGAAUCUCUCUCUUGGCUCUCUGUGAAUUUAUUGAAGCAACCAUCAGAGUUGUCACCUUUGCGCUCAGUCGAAGGAAAAAUAAGACAACAACUAAAAAUAAGUCUCAACUAAAGAAGAAAGUUUUCAAUUCACGCAAUAAAUAAUUAAAACGA